GGGACCUUCCGUUAAACUCCUUUUUAUAAUCUCUCAUUCUCUCUUCUCUCUCUCUCUCUUUCUGGUUGCUCUUGGCCAUGGUUGUGAAUAGUCAAGCUUUCUUGUUGGCAUUAAUUGCAUUACUUGCUACCCAAUUGCCUUCACUAAUGGCUUCAGAUUGUCCAUUAGAUUUCAGUGGAUCAAAUUUCACUCUAGUAGCUUCUGUGUGCUCCAACAUAACCAACAGAGGCAAAUGUUGCCGCUACAUGAACGCUUUUGUUGCGGUUUCCGUGGCUCGUUACGCUAACUUGUCAACAAAUCUUGGAGUCACAUCAGAUUUAUCUGAAACCUGCAUUGCUUCCAUCUCUAGAACCAUGGAGAGCUAUGGAGUCUCGAGAAAUGCCACUAGUUUCUGCGGUUUGGGAACCAAGAUCCUUGUUAAGUAUGACUGUGAAGGUCGAACCACUGUAACACAAAUGCAUCAGUCUCCGGGAUUUGGACAUGUUUCUAGAAACUGCAGACUCCCAUUUUCUCCGGGACACCAAUGCAGGAAGUGUUUGAAUUCUGGUAUCACUUACCUUCGUAAUCUCAUAGGUGCAGAGACUAAUAACAUUACAUUGAGUACUUGUCGUGAUGCGACUUAUGCUACAUUAGCAAGCCGAAUUGACGAUGCCUCGGCUCUUGAACUCCUUGGUUGUUUCUUUCAAGUGACAGAGCUUAGCAUUCCUUCAGAGUCAUUUUCACCAUUGGCAAGUCCAGAACCUUCUCCAAGCACAGUUGGUGCUAUUAGCCCAAGCAACAGUGAUUCUCAAAUGACUACAAGUAGAAGCACCAAUCCAUAUCACUUAACAAUGGUUCCAACCAUUGGGAUUGUUGUUACAGCUGUUGCUCUUACGAUGCUCGUAGUCCUGGUAAUUCUUAUCCGUAGAAAAAACCGGGAACUUGAUGAAUCUGAGAGCUUGGAUAAGAAGUCAACAAAAUCAGUUGCUUCUUCCUUGCCUGUAUUCAAGAUUCAUGAAGAUGAUUCUUCUUCAGCUUUCAGAAAAUUCAGCUACAAGGAAAUGACAAAUGCAACGAAUGAUUUCAACACAGUGAUUGGUCAGGGAGGUUUUGGUACUGUUUACAAAGCCGAGUUCAGCGACGGUCUGAUUGCAGCGGUGAAAAAAAUGAACAAAGUCUCUGAUCAAGCUGAACAAGAUUUUUGUAGAGAGAUAGGGCUUUUAGCUAAGCUGCAUCACCGUAACCUUGUUGCUUUGAAAGGCUUUUGCAUUAACAAGAAAGAAAGGUUCUUGGUCUAUGACUAUAUGGAAAAUGGCAGCUUAAAAGAUCAUUUACAUGCCAUUGGAAAGCCUCCACCUAGUUGGGGAACAAGAAUGAAAAUUGCAAUUGAUGUGGCAAAUGCUUUGGAAUAUCUUCAUUUCUACUGUGAUCCUCCUCUGUGUCAUAGAGACAUUAAAUCAAGCAAUAUAUUACUCGAUGAGAACUUCGUUGCUAAGCUUUCAGAUUUUGGCCUUGCACAUUCGUCUAGAGAUGGCUCUGUUUUCUUUGAGCCUGUGAAUACCGAUAUCCGUGGAACUCCAGAUCCAGAAUAUGUAGUAACGCAAGAGCUGACAGAGAAGAGUGAUGUGUACAGCUACGGAGUUGUGUUGCUGGAGCUCAUAACCGGGAGAAGAGCAGUUGAUGAAGGCAAGAACCUUGUGGAAAUGUCUCAGCGAAAUUUGUUGACGAAAUCAAAACACCGGGAUUUGGUAGACCCGAGAAUCAAAGACUCCAUUGAUGAUGCUGGAAGAAAAGAGCUUGAAGCAGUUGUGGCGGUUGUGAGAUGGUGUACCGAGAAAGAAGGCCGAUCUAGGCCAUCGAUUAAACAAGUCCUGAGGCUGUUGUGUGAAAGCUGUGAUCAGUUGCAUAGUGCAUUUGCUAAAGCUGUUGAGGAAGAGAUAGGCUGGGAUAGUAGGAAGAGAAGCAAUUUGAGAAUUCAAAGAGGCGAUUCCCGGAUCUUUGGUCCAUCGUCUAGUACUACUUCCAGGUCACAUUACAGCCGUAGUUUACCUCACUCUCCAAUUAAUGGACUUUCUUUCUGAGUUAGUCACAUCUUCUCUAUAGCUAAAUCUGAAAGUUUACAUAUAUAUAUGAAAAUUAUGAGUUCAUAUUGAAAGCUCUGAUACUCUGCACUCUUAGUUAGA